ACAGAGCAUUACCUUCCGGGUUUUCAACCUCGGAAAUAGUAUUCGCUAGCUGGAAAAAAGGCGGAUCCCUCUUUCCCUAUCGUCUCUUUGAAACUUUCUUUUAAAUUAGAAUAUCAAUAAAACGCACCGCGCCAUUUAUUGACAGCUGCUGUCCGCUAGCCGCUGCUAAUAAGCACAGUUCGGCCGGCUUAAAUAUACCGCUUGUCGGCCGUCCCGCUAGCUGCGUCGCGCCGAAGGUGAGAGAGUGGGAGGUUGGGGGAAAAGCAAACGAGGUUGAAGUUAACUGGUUAGGUAGGUGAGUUAGUUUGCGUUUUGGGUUAGGGACGCGCUGGCGCACUGAGCUGGGAUAACGACAGGGGGAGAGGAACAAAAAUGGGCGAUAAGGAAUUAAUGUGGGCCUUGAAAAACGGCGACCUGGACGAGGUGAAGAAUUUGCUGGUGAAGGACGAGGAUGUGAACAGGACACUGGAAGGGGGCAGGAAGCCAUUGCACUAUGCUGCUGACUGCGGCCAGGGAGACGUGGUGGAGUUUCUUCUCUCCAAGGGCGCGGAUGUUAAUGCCCCCGACAAACAUGGCAUCACUCCUCUCCUCUCUGCGACCUAUGAGGGGCACCUUGCCUGUGUCAGGAUCCUCCUAGAAAAGGGAGCCGACAAGAACCGGAAAGGACCAGACGGUCUGAGCGCCUUCGAGGCGGCGGAAAGCGACGCGAUCAAAGCUCUUCUCAAGUGAGCAGGACCGACGGACAGACAGACGCACUGAUCCCUGACAGACAGGACAGACGGAGCCCUUUCCUUUGUCUUUUCUCUGCUUUGCCUGGUUGUGGGUUUUGUUUGUUGGGCUUUUUUUUUUUUUUGAGGGGGGUGUUUCCUCUCCUCCUGUCUCCAAUUCUGUAAUUGGCCAAUGGAACCAAUACGUUAUGUCUCCCUUAAGGACCAAUCGCUGAGCGGCAACGCACUGCGUCUGGGACUUGAGUACCACAAUAUAAAAACAGAUUUGCUCUUAGACUAGUAUGGCAGGUUAGUGCUUCAGCAUCUACUGGUUUGUGUAAUUCAUUGACCACUCUUAUAAUGCAAGACGAGUUAGACUUUGAUUUUUGUUUUGGUUUUUUUUUUUCACUUUUUUUUUUUUUUAAGAAACUUGAAUACUUGUUCUAUCAGUCAGUCAGUCAACAGUAGUUCUAGUAACUAGGAAUCACUUGAAGUCUGUUUGCGGCCCUUUUCCCCCCCAGUUCAGGGGCUAUGCUCUGUGGGCAUUGUUUGCUGGGGGAGGGGGGGAGGGGAAUGCUCAGCUGAGGGUGGGGAGCCCCCCCCAUUUCCAUUAACCACAUCAACUUUAUAACUGCUGGUGGAAAAAAACAGCAGUUCUUUAGGAGAGUCAGAUCUUGAGUUUUUUUUUCCUCCCGAAAUACUGAAUUUGAAUGUGUAAUUACCCAGUUUUUCAAACGUAUUGAUAAACUACAGAUGUCUGUGACCUUGCGAGAAAUCUAAGGAUUCCUGUGUGAUGAGUAGCACAGAAAGUGGGUUUUUUCCAAGUGGAGUGACACUUUUUUCCCUUUAAUUUAAUUAUUUUUUAUUAAGCAUACAAAGUGCCUGUUUGUCAUACCCUCUACCCCCAUGACGGAAGUGUGAUUUGACGCUGAGCGCAGGCUAAUAGGGCAGAGUUGUUUGGUGUGGUGUGUGGAUUAAGAAUGAUGCCCGCCCCGCCUCCUCCCCAGUAGGAUCCCUUGCUCUGGGUUUGAUUAGCUCCCCUGCUGGUUCCUGCUGCAUGGCAGACGAGCUUCUGCUUCUUUUAGGCUCUUAGAAAUGUUUGCUUUUCUCUCUUGGUUGCUUUCGAGAAAAAAAAAUGUAAAAAAAAAAAAAAAAAAAACGCUUUAU